UCCUUCUUGCUCCCACUUCCCACUCUAUAUAAAAGUCAGCUGCGGGCACUCGCCUCUGCCCCUAAUUUUACGCGCACACAGCAAGAGGAAAUUCUAAAACUCUCUGGAUUACUCUAUUAGAACCCACCAUCUGGAGAAUUCUUCUUGUUCUAGAAAAGGAACCUCAGAUUAAACGGGAAAGGAUUUACGUUUACAGUUCAAUUAUUUCGCAAAAAACCUGAGAUGGAAGGCAAAUCUGAAGGUGGUGAUGUAGCUGAGAAAAUUAAAAAGGAGGAGAUGCAUCUCAAAGUCAAGAGCAAGGAUAAAGAGCCAAGUGAUGAGAAGAAAGAGAAAAUUGAGGUUGAACUUGAUUUGAAGACCAAAUCGGUAGAGAAGGAAAAGCCAAAGCAGAAAGAUAAGAAGGAUAAGAAGGAUAAGAAGGAUGAUGAUGAAGAUGACAAGAAGAAAGAGAAAGACAAGGAAAAGAAGAAGAAAACUAAGACGGCAAAGGAUGGUGAGGGUAGUUUAGGUGAAGAGCCAGAGGUAGAUAAUGAAGCUGGAGAGACUGAGAAAAAAGAAGAGAAAGAAGAUAAGAAAGUCAAGGGAAAAGAAGAGAAGAAAAAGAAGGAGAAAGAACAUGUGGAGGAGGCCAAGGAGGAAGAUGAGAAAAAGAAGAAAGAUAAGAAAGAGAAGAAGGAUAAGGAUAAAGUUUUAGAGGAAGAGGAAAAAGGGACAAGGGAAAUCAAAGAUAAAAGUUUGGGGAUUAAGGAACAGCAGGAUGAGAAGCAUGUGAAGGAGGGUAAGGAGAAGGAUGAAGAGAAGAAAAAAGACAAAAAAGUAAAGAAAGAGAAAGAAAAGAAGGUCAAAGAUGAAGAGAAGACAGGUGAGGGAUCUGUGGAAGAAACAGAAAAGAAGAAAGACAAGGAAAAAGAAGAUGAUGAUGGGGAGGAGAAGAAGAAAAAGAAAGAGAAGAAGAAAGAGAAGAAACACAAGGAUGAAACAAAGGAGGAAGAAGAAGAGGAAGGUGAAGAGAAGGAAGGGAAAAAGAAGAUAAAGAACAAGGACAAAAAAAAGAAAGAUAAGAAGCAUGAGGAUGGAGUAGAAGAGGAAGUAACAGAUGAAGGUGGAGAGGAGGAGAAGAAGAAAAAGAAAGAAAAGAAGGAGAAGAAGGAUAAGGAACACAAGGAUGAAAUCAAUGAAUCGAGGAGCGGGGCUGAAGUUCUCUCAAGGGAGAUUCACAUAGAAUCAGAAGUGAAAGGACAGGAGGAGGAGAACGAUAAAGCAAAGGAAGGUACAGAGAAGAAGAAAGAUAAAGACAAGAAGAGAAAGAAGGGUGAGAAGGAUAAAAGCAAGGACCUCAACUGUCUAAAAGCCAAGUUAGAGAAGAUUGAUGCAAGAAUUGAAGCUAUGCUAGAGAAAAAAGCUGACAUCUUGAGGCAGAUAAAAGAAGCCGAGAACAUGAGAUCUGUUGUUGCUGAUACUGACAAAGACACACAAAUAGCUGAUGCAAAAUAGCCCUUUUCUGCAAAAUGUUAUAAGAGUUCAUUUCCUUUCCUUUACACCUUGUAAUAAUAGUGUUUCCAUGGAUAUGCAGUUCUAUCUUCCAUGCGAGAACGGUUACUUUUUCUGUUGUAAUAAAGAGUUUUGUCAAAUAUAUGUAGUUUAAUGUGAAAACAAUAUAUGAAAUGCCUGUGUCAUGGAUAAAA